CAGUAACUGAAUGUUGUAGUUUAUUGUAUACGUGUUCGGUGCAGGUUUAUAUCAAGAACCCCCCUAAUUACGCAUGAGUAAGUGAAACUAGAUAUCCGCUAUUACAGAAACUUAAGCCGUGAGUAAGAAAAAGUUCAAGGCGGCCAUUGUAACUUGAAUGACGCAUCUCUAUAUCCGGGUGUCUGGUGUAUGAGCGCUUUAUAUAAUUCUGCAUUCAUUUGUUUACAAGUCGAGGUCACUCCUUAUAAGAAUAUUGUCAGCGGUAAAACAAUGGCCAGGAUGCAUACCCGUAUGAUGACGUAACUUACGUAGAGGUGUAUAAAUAUGGUGGCAGUUACAACUUGUCAAUUCUAACGAAAGCAGAACAGCAGCAAACAUGGACGUAAGAUUUCAAGUUUUACUUCUUAUUAUGGUCACCACUUCAUGCUUACCGGGCGUGUAUUCGGAUUGCGUAGACGGUUCCCCAACAUGCAGUCGACUAUCCACGCACUGCGGGGUUGCAGCCAUACGAACGUUGUGCAAGUUAACGUGUAAUAGCUGCCCGACAGAUCCUUGUUCAUUGACAAAUGGAGGUUGUAACCAACUGUGCAACUGGACUGGUGAUGCGGCAGUUUGUGGUUGUCAGUCAGGAUACCGACUCCAAUCCGAUAAUAGAAAUUGUGAAGAUAUUGACGAAUGCACUGAAGGACCAAACCCUUGUUAUUUUCGUUUCCCCGCGUUUUGUGUCAACACAAUUGGAUCUUAUUCCUGUCAACCUUACCGAUGCAACGGCACUAAUGAGAUGAAUUAUUACAGGAUGGGUUCAUGUUGUAAAGUUAGAAAUGGUUCAUGUGGUACAACAGCCAGUAUAAGAAGCAUGGUGGUACCAGUUGCCCCAACAGAAACUGAAAGAAGAGUUUUCCGUGGAACGGCUUCAGUGGUGGCUGCCUGGCCCUGGAUGGCCCAGGUAUUAUACAGAAGGCAUCCUCACUGCGGAGCAACCUUAAUAUCCGAUCGAUGGUUGGUUUCGGCUGCUCAUUGUUUCAGAUCUGUAUCUUACUCCGGUCUUCUUGUUUACCUCGGGACCACCAGGAGUUCUCAUCUUACACAUCUCGAUACCACUAGGAGGCAACGAAGAGAGAUUGAAACGAUCAUAGUACACCCCGGUUUCACCGCUGAGUAUUUGAACGACAUUGCAUUAAUAAAGCUGAGUCGCCCCGUUGUGUUUAAUGACAUCAUCACCCCUAUUUGUCUCCCUUGUGGGGAAACACCUAACCCCGGGGAUAAGUGCUGGGUGACGGGGUUCGGCCGAACAGAGAACACAGGGUUUGAUUCUUCACAAACUCUGCAAGAAGUUGACGUCCCCAUUGUCAAUACGACCAGAUGCGUGGCAGCUUAUAGAGGCGUUCAUGUCAUCGAUGGAAACAUGAUGAUGUGCGCUGGGUAUGAAGCUGGAGGGAAGGACGCAUGUAAUGGUGACUCAGGAGGACCGUUGGCAUGCCAACGUGCUGACUCAUGCGAUUGGUAUUUAUCUGGUGUGACGUCAUUUGGCCGAGGUUGUGGGUUAGCGAGAUAUUAUGGUGUCUACGUUAACGUUGUACAUUAUGAGGGUUGGAUACGAACACAGAUGGGGAACGACUCUGCAGGGUUAUGUCCCCGCCAAUACAACCCAUGCAAAGGACUUGUAGACGCCCACACCGAUUGCGAAUCAAAGUUGGAUAAGUGUCGGUCCUUCCCAUCUUACAUGGCAACUAACUGUGCAAGGUCGUGUUGCCAAUUGAAUAAUGGAGAAAUAACAAACUGCCAGGACAGCGCUGACUCAGCAGUAGCUUGCAAACUAUACGUCAGUUAUUGUUCAAAUCCUGCCAUGUCAUCAUUUAUGCGAGAAAAAUGCCGACGCACAUGUGGAUUUUGCUGAGUAAUGGUUUCAAUUAUGAUGCAACAAUACUUCUGGACAAAUUAUGACUUGCGCUUUAUUUUCCAAUUGAACUAUUUUUUGCAGCAUUGUUUGUUUUUCAUUUAUUUGUACAAAUUAUUGUUAAACCAACAGUAGUUCAUUUUCCUGUUUAAUUUAUUGCGAUUUUGGGUACUAGUGUAGAUCCUACCAACAAGUCAUAGUAAAAUUGAAAGAAGGCAAUUUAUUAGAAGUUAGUAUAAAACAUGGUGGGGGAUUCUGCACUAGCACUUAAUCUUGUACAAACUUCCAUUUCUUUCUAUUUUGCACAAUUCUGUUAUUUUUGCUUGAAUAAAAACCACAUAUAAUAAAAAGAAUAUCCUUAACUCCAAUGUGUAGUUACAGC